AUGGUUGACACAGAAAUGCCGUUCUGGCCCAUGAAUUUUGGAAUCAGCCCAGUGGACCUGUCUGCCAUGGAUGAUCACACACAUUCCUUUGACAUAAAGCCAUUCACCACUGUUGAUUUCUCAAGCAUUUCUUCACCUCACUAUGAAGAUGUUCCUCUGGCAAGAAUGGAUCAGACAAGCAUUGAUUACAAAUACGAUAUCAAGCUCCAGGAUUGCCAAAGUGCAAUCAAAAUGGAGCCUCCUUCCCCACCCUACUUCUCAGAAAAGGUUCAGCUGUACAACAAACCCCACGAGGAGUCGUCCAACUCCCUGAUGGCGAUCGAGUUCGGUGUUUGGGGAAAUUCAUCUUCACCAGGCUUCUUUCGAAGAACCAUCAGGUUAAAGCUGAUCUAUGACAGGUGUGAUCUGAACUGCCGCAUCCACAAGAAGAGCAGAAACAAAUGUCAGUACUGCAGGUUCCAGAAGUGCCUCGCCGUCGGCAUGUCGCACAACGCCAUCAGGUUUGGGCGAAUGCCACAAGCGGAGAAGGAGAAGCUCUUGGCAGAGAUUUCCAGCGACAUCGAGCAGUUAAACCCCGAAUCUGCUGAUCUGCGAGCGCUUGCCAAGCAUCUCUAUGACUCAUACAUAAAGUCCUUCCCUCUGACCAAAGCCAAGGCGUGGGGCAUAUUGACUGGAUAUGAGUCUCCUUUUGUUAUUUAUGACAUGAACUCUUUAAUGAUGGGAGAAGAUCAGAUCAAGUGCAAGCACGUGUCCCCCCUGCAGGAGGAGAACAAGGAGGUGGCAAUCCGCAUUUUCCAGCGAUGCCAGUUCCGCUCGGUGGAGGCAGUGCAGGAGAUAACAGAAUUUGCCAAGAACAUUCCAGGUUUUGUGAAUCUUGACCUGAAUGAUCAAGUAACUCUCCUGAAAUACGGGGUCCAUGAGAUCAUAUACACCCUGCUGGCUUCUCUGAUGAACAAAGACGGAGUUCUUAUAUCUGAGGGACAAGGAUUCAUGACACGGGAGUUUCUGAAGAGCCUGAGGAAACCUUUUUGUGACUUUAUGGAACCCAAGUUUGAGUUUGCUGUGAAGUUCAAUGCACUGGAAUUAGAUGACAGCGACCUGGCAAUAUUUAUAGCUGUCAUCAUACUAAGUGGAGAUCGCCCAGGUUUGUUAAAUGUGAAGCCCAUUGAAGACAUCCAAGACAACCUGUUGCAAGCCUUGGAGCUCCAGCUAAAGCUGAACCAUCCAGAAUCCUCACAGCUGUUUGCAAAGUUGCUUCAGAAAAUGACGGACCUCAGACAGAUUGUCACAGAGCACGUGCAGCUCUUGCAAGUCAUAAAGAAAACCGAGACAGACAUGAGCCUGCAUCCACUCCUACAGGAGAUCUACAAAGACUUAUAUUAG